AUGGGAGAAAAUGGAACCAAGCAAAAGGUGAAACGUAUAGAACAAUAUUCCCAUUGGAUACUGCUUAGUAUGUUUGAAUAUGCUCGAGUCCUGGAUAUAAUCGAUUGUCGCUUAGAUCGCAAGAAAAUUAUUGUAUAUCCUGUCAACAAGUGGAUGCGGAUAGGAAAGACGAUUGUCCGUAUGAUAAUAAUAAUAGCAUAUUGGGACGUUAUUCCAUCAGUAUACUUUGACUUGCAAACAACUCCAAGUAAUGUUCUUCGUUUAUUUUCGGUACAGCAAAUAAUUUCAGUGGCGGUUUUUAGCACUGCUCUGCUCAUAUUGAGAGCACGCAAUGAUGUCAAAUUAAUUGAAAUGAUUAAUCGAUUUAUACGAUUAAACAAAGGAAUAACUGAAAUAACAAAUAAAAAUAAAUUGUUUUGUACGCAGUUUCUGAUAUUAACUUGUCUGAAAGGUUGCAUUACUAUAUUGGGUUACAUCAAUGAACUGCCCACCCUUCUCAAUGUUGAAUCAUCGAAUUUAAACAAAUGGUUUAGUAUCGUCAUUGGAGUUUUUUUGUGGCUAAGUUCUAUGUUUGUAUUAGAUGCCUGUUUUAUAGGUUUUAUGAUAGUAGCACUUAUGUAUGGAGACUUGGGUAACUAUUUGCAAACAAUUAUAACUAAUAUGAAAAAUAUAGAACCUGGAAACAAGUUUGGCUCUUCUCUGACAACAUAUCAUCGCAUUAGGUUGGUGUGUGACUAUUCAGACAAGUUGGACAGUAUUUCUCAAAUGUAUAGCUGCAUAUACAAGGUCACCAAGGAAUUCGUAGAUAUUUUUCAAUGGCAUGUUCUGUAUUACAUAUAUUACAAUUUUAUGGUGAUUUUUCUGCUGCUAAAUCACUGUAUUUGGCAAUAUAUUCGUACUGGCUAUGUUGAUAUUAUUAAAAUAUUUAUGGUCGUAGUAAAAAUUUCAAACCUGGCUUUGAUCAUAAUGUGUGCCAAUCAUGUUGUGAACAAAUCGGAGAUACCCAAUCAACUUAAUCUUGAUGUCGUCUGUUCAGACAUUGACAUGCGAUGGGAUACCAGUGUGGAAAAAUUUCUCAGUCAACGCAAAGCAGAAAAUCUCGAAAUCAAAAUUUUGGGAUUCUUUACCAUGAAUAAUCAGUUUAUACUUUUAAUAUUAUCAGCAAUAAUUUCGUAUUUAUUCUUAAUUAUACAAUUCGGAAUGAGUGGUGGAUUAUAA